GAAGCAGCAGCAUGAUGGAAUGACGCCGACAUUCCAACAUGGAAACGAAGGCUGUGCUCGCGUUCGUCUUCAGAGUCCGCACUGCGUUAUGCUUUCCACGUCGGGCCUGACUGGCAAGAACUCUCCUGCUUCUGCUGCGAUCCAAAAAACGGCACCGCCUCCCCAAGACCGCCAGAACGCGCCGCGCGCUGGUUUGAGGGUCGGGUCGACCUGUGGAUAAAAUAGCAGGUAGGACCAUAACGUGUCGAGACGACGACCAACGAGGAUUGUGUGGAUGGUUUGGAUCGAACUGCGUAGGAUUUGCUGACUCGACAUAUCGAUAGGAUCAGCAGCGGCGUACAUGGCUUGAAGAUGCAGUGGCACCCUGAGCAAAGCCAGUGGGCUGAACAGCAUUUUGACAUUUCUUCCACCACGCGCUCCCCAGGCCACAAGGCCGAGGCCUACCGUCUAGUACCCGGCCUCCUGCAGUGCUCUGCCAGCGAUCAGUAUGCCUGGGCCAACGAUGACAUCUCUGCCCUCACAGCCUCCAACCUGCUCAAGAAGUAUGCAGAGAAAUAUUCUGGUAUUCUGGAGAUGCCUGUCUCCUGUUCUGAUGCUCCCAGUGUUCCGGGAGGGAUAAACGGACGCAAGGGUGAAUCGGACCCCUGGCAGGAUGGCGUCUACCCCAUGAGUUGCAUCCCUGAGGGGGUUCCGAUCCGCAAGGGAGGCGUCGCAGCCGCCUCUGAGGUGGUGACUGGCUUGUGCAGCUCUCCUGGUCUUGCCUGCAGCAAUCUGAGCGAGCCGAGCUACUCGAGCAGCAGCUGUGGAAGCCACAUUACCACUGCACUCCACUCAGCCUCAUUGCCCUCUCAGGAAUAUGCUGCAUCUUACACUGGGUCCUACUUGCACAGUAGUUACAAUUCCCAGUCUGUCCCUGCCCCUGCGCCCUCCUCUGGUCUCCUGCAACCACCCCCACCAUCCUCUCACCCUACAUUCGUCCCACCUUACAAGGGGGGCUCGCCAAACCUAUCUGGUUAUAACUACCCUGCGGCAGGAUACCCUGUCCAGAGCUCAGUUAGGCCUGGAUACAGCCCCGGGGGAGCUUCCUUGCCAUCGUCAUACCUUCCCUCAAGCAUUGCCACACUGACACCUCUUCCCCCUUCAUCAACCUUACCUGGUUAUCCGUACCAUAACCACAGCUUGACCCCAAUCACCCCAAGUCCUCUCAACAGUUGCUCCUCCAAUACUCUGAAGAGGGCAGCCUUCUACAUAACUGGUCAAGGAAAUAUUGACUCCUCUUAUGCUAACUUUGGAUUUGACCAGCCUCGAAGCUCAGCUGAAAGCCCCAUGUACGGAGUGGCAGACAGCAGCAGCACAAAUGGGAGCUCUAAUGGUACCAGUGGCAGUGGCUUUGAUAGGAGUGCUGAAAAGUCACUGCAACACUUUCAUCCACAAAAGCAGUACACAAAGCCUUCAGAGCAGCAGCAGCAGAAGAAGUACAACAGCCAGGAAAGCAACGGCCCACUAUCUCCAUCACCCUACGUCUCCUCCACACUCAGGGGAUCCCGCUCUGCAGACUCGCUCUCCAGCUUCAGUGAGCCAAGGGCUGAAGGUCAUCACAUACACUUCUCCCACUCAGGGGCUCCCUCCUCCCGAUCUGCUCAAGAGCAACUAAAAACUUGUGACCCUCACCUCUUGGACAUGGUUACCUCUGAAAUUGUUCAGCAGGGGCCUCCCGUGGACUGGAGUGACAUUGCAGGCUUAGAUAUGGCCAAAGUGACCCUGAAAGAGGAGGUCCUCUGGCCCAUCCUGCGUCCUGACAUAUUCAGCAGCUUAGGACCCACGCCACGUUGUGUGCUGCUCUUUGGCCCAAGAGGCAGUGGCAGGACGUUGCUAAGCCACUGCCUGGCCAGCCAGCUUGGGACACCGCUACUUCAACUCAGUGGGUCUACUUUGGUCACCAAGUGGCUGACAGACGGUGAGGGAAUUAUCCGAGCCACCUUCCUGGUGGCGCGCUGCCGUCAACCCUCUGUACUGUUCAUCAGCGAGGUGGACAUGCUGCUUUCAUCGCAACUCACUGAAGAAAGCCCCGUUAACAGACUGAAACGGGAGCUACUUUCUCAACUAGACUCACUUCUAAUGGGCUCGGGUGAAGAUGGAAGCAACCACGUCUUAGUGGUUUGCUCCACAAGCCAACCCCAGGACAUGGAUGAAGGGUUGCAUAGAUACUUUGCUCUAAGGGUUCUGGUACCUUUGCCUGAUAGUGCAGCUCGACACCAGAUUGUGAGACAGCUCCUCACACAAUCCCAGCAGAAAUACUGCAUGAGCGAGGAGGACCUGGCACUGCUGGUACAGCGCACGGAAGGCUUCUCGGGACUUGACCUGGGCAGACUCUGGCAAGAAGCCCAUGUGCGUGUGUCACGCGUAUCCGCACAACAGGGCAUAGACAGCAUGAUGCCUCGGGGACACAUCCGGCCCCUGACCUACCAGGACUUUGAGAGCGUCUUUUGCAAAUUCCAGGCCAGUACAUCAGGGAAAGAGAUUGAUAUGUACACCGAGUGGAACAAAAUGUUCGGCUGCAGCCCCGAAAAGGACAGACUUGCUUCCUCGAUGUAAGACAGGCGUUUUGCAGUUGCUUUUCCUCAGGGUGGACACGUUGUGCUGGAGGAAAAGCCAACACAAGACUGCAAAGGUUUCACUGCGAAUGCAUUAAAUUGGAAUGGUUUCAAUGAUGUUUACAUUGCAAGACGGAUACAGGAAAGACAACCCAGUACCUGCGCCAAUAUAAAUACAUUCUUGAUAUUAAGUUGGUUAUCCAAGUGCCUGAAGUGGUGCUUUAUGCUUUGGUUUGCCUCGCAAUCAACAUUAUUUGAAUCAACAACAUUGAGAGCUUUAAACCGUUUGGAGCAAAAACUUGAGAUUCCGGGUUACUCGUGCUUUUCCAGGGCAAAAGGUUGUUCGGGCGCUGACUCCACAAAUCAAACAAAAACUCAGGAAAGCAGUUGUGAAACACACCAUAAGCUCAAGAUAUUUCACAUCUAUAUACAAUGGAUCCCCGCAGUCACGAUUCAGCAUUUUUGACCCAGCAAAUUUGGGGAUUUUUGAUCAAAACAUUAUUUUUUUUUUUACUAGUAAGAAGAACCACACUUUUGUGCUUAUAAUCUCCAUAAUUAGGCCGUUAUUUGGCAGAAAACCCAUCUCAUUUACCCUAGCUUGAUCAGUCAGCAUGAUAUGUCUGUGUUGAUCAUCCAGGUCAUGGUAAGCCAUAAACCAGGGGUGUCCAAAGGUUUUCCCAGCGAGGACUAUUUCAACUUUCUUCAGGGAAAUUUUCUUCUUGUAAUAUUAUUACUUUAUUCCCAUAAUAUUAUAACUUUUUCCCCAACCUAGUUUUCCAACUUCAUUUUGUUUUGUUUGUUUUUCAUGUUCCGACUUCAAAAAAGAAGGUAGUUUUUCUUCAA